UUUGUUUAGUAUUAACUAACCAUGAUCAUGUGACUGCAGAGUUUAUGUCGAUGUCAAGAUGUCUGUGGAGCUGGAUGUAUUUGUUGGAAACACCACCAUUAUGGACAAAGAGGUGUACCAGCUGUGGCUGAAUGGAUAUACAGUGAAUGAUGCAGUGAAGGUGCGGAUAGAAGGAGGUGUGAUGGAGGAGUGUGAGGCGAGUGCAGAAGUGCUGCUCAGUGACACAAUGGACCAGUACAGGACUUUCCAGAUGUGCGAGAGACUUUUGCAUCACCCGGCUAAACUAGCCAAUCAGCUUCUAUUUCAGAUACCGCCAGACAGACAAGCCAUGCUCAUUGAAAGAUAUUAUGCUUUUGAUGAUUUAUUUGUUCGAGAGGUCCUGGGAAAGAAGCUCUCCAAAGGAACCAAAAAAGACCUUGAUGAUGUUAGUAUAAAGACAGGCAUUAUGCUGAAGAGCUGCAGAAGACAGUUUGACAACUUCAAGCGAGUGUUCAAAGUGGUGGAAGAACUCAAGGGCCCCCUGGUGGAAAACAUUCGGCAACAUUUUCUGCUACCUGAUCCAUUAGCCAGAGACUAUGCUGCAAUAGUGUUCUUUGCCAAUAAUCGUUUUGAGACUGGGAAGAAAAAGUUGCAGUAUCUAACCUUCCAGGACUUUGCCUUCUGUGCUGGGCAGCUCAUCAACAACUGGACUGUAGGAGCUGUGGAUAACAUGAUGGAGGACAUGGAUGUAGAUUUGGAUAAAGAAUUCCUUCAAGACCUCAAAGACCUCAAAAUUCUAAUUACAGACAAGGAUCUCUUAGACCAACACAAAAGUUUAGUGUGCACUGCUCUGCGGGGUAAAACCAAUGUCUUUAAUGAGAUGGAAGCCAAUUUUAAGAAUCUUUCAAGGGGCCUUGUAAAUAUCGCUGCCAAAUUAAUCAACGCAAAAGAUGUUCGUGAUUUCUUCAUUGACCUUGUCGAAAAGUUUAUUGAACCUUGUCGAUCAGACAAAUUGACAUCAAUAGACGUGAACCUCUACCUUACUCAUUAUACUAACUCGGCACAUAUCCUUGACACCUUCAAGCACCAUACUGUCUGGACCAGGUACAUGGGAGUUAUCAAAAGUUGCAUCCUUAGAAUGUACCACGACUGAAGAAGAAUCUCCAUCUACACUUUUUCUCUCCCCUUCAUAACUCAUUUCCAUGCAGUCGUGCAUCUGAUGAAUAUUUGGCCUGAUGUUGAAUUUUUCCCUGUUUAUCAUCUACUUUCUUUAAUCCUUUCCCAAAUAUGUCCUUCCCACCAGCUGUCCAUCUCUUCACCUCCCUCUCCCUCUAUCCAUGCUUCAUCUUUC